GCGCAUGCUCAGUGUGUGCGCUCCGUAGGAAGAUGGUGUCUGCUGUCAGGAUGCGGUCGUGUUUGUUGUCGGUUUUCCUCCUGAACGUCUUUUACAGCGCCGUUUCUUCUCUGUAUUUUCACAUCGGAGAGACCGAGAAGAAAUGUUUCAUCGAGGAGAUUCCGGACGAGACGAUGAUCAUCGGUAACUAUCGCACUCAGCUGUACGACAAACAGAGAGAGGAGUACCUGCCGGCCACUCAGGGUCUGGGGAUGUUCGUGGAGGUCAAAGAUCCUGAUGACAAGGUGAUCCUGUCCCGACAGUACGGCUCUGAGGGGAGGUUCACCUUCACCUCACACACACCUGGAGAGCAUCAGAUCUGUCUGCACUCCAACUCCUCCAAGUUCUCCCUGUUCGCCGGCGGCAUGCUGAGGGUUCACCUGGACAUUCAGGUCGGAGAACACGCCAACAACUACGCCGAGAUCGCCGCCAAAGACAAACUGACGGAGCUGCAGCUGAGAGUCCGACAGCUGGUGGAGCAGGUGGACCAGAUCCAGAAGGAGCAGAACUACCAGAGGUACCGCGAGGAGCGUUUCCGUCAGACCAGCGAGAGCACUAACCAGCGCGUCCUCUGGUGGUCCAUCGUCCAGACGCUCAUCCUGGUCGCCAUCGGCAUCUGGCAGAUGAGACACCUCAAGAGCUUCUUCGAGGCCAAGAAACUGGUGUAAAUGUCCUCCUGUGGGGACAGAGAGAGAGAGAGAGAGAGUGUGU